CUAAUCCAGGAUUAGUAAUCCUCGUUCACUUGUCUCUAAACUGAAAAUUAAAACUCAAAAAAACAAAAAAAAAACUGCAGUUUAUUUUCUCCUUCUGUCUCGAUGGAGCACAGUAAGGAUCAGGCUAUGUCGGAGAAUCAGAAUAACAACAACAACAAGGCUCAAGAUCCGAAUCCGAGAUUCGCCAGCGAAGGUUGCAGCGUGUUGCUGGACGUGAACGAUGGAGACCGUCUCGUGUUCGCUCGUCUAUCUAGUGGCGCUAUAUUUAAAAUCGGGAAUACGAAUUACUCUUUGAAGCCGUUGAUUGGCGCUCCGUUCGGAUCUCUGUUCCAAGUUGAAACUGGAGAAGAAGGUUCUUUCCUCUCUCGCAUUCUUCCCAUCAAAAAAGAAAGAAGCAGCAGCGUUAAUGUAAUAGACGAUGAUGGUAGAGAUAAUAGGGAACUUAUCGACAAUAAUGAAUCUCAAAACCUCACUGUUGAAGAGAUUGAAGCUAUGCGCAGAGAGGGUGCAAAAGGUGAAGAGAUUAUUGAAGCACUGAUUGCAAACAGCUCAACAUUUGACAAGAAGUUUCAGUUGUCUCAGGAAAAAUAUAAGCUUAAGAAGCAGAAGAAGUAUGCGCCAAAGGUGCUAUUAAGACGCCCUUUUGCUCGAAGUAUCUGUGAAGCCUAUUUCAAGAAAUAUCCAGCUAGGAUCGGAUUCAUACGUGUAGACGCAUUGUCUCUUUUGCUAACGAUGGCUAAUGUCACCGCAUACUCGGAUGUGCUAGUGGUGGAUAUGGUUGGUGGCCUUGUCACAGGUGCAGUGGCUGAACGAUUAGGAGGCACUGGUUAUGUUUGCAGUACAUAUAAAGGGGAUUCUCCUUACUCUGUGGAGAUGGUUAGGAUGUUCAACUUUACCGACAAGGUUAAAGAGAGGAUCGUUCAUUCACCUAUAAACGAGCUCUCGUCACCCAAAACUGCGUCUCCUGAAGUAAACAAUCAGCAAGGAGGAGUUUGCAAGCCUGAGAUUAAUAUCAGUGAAUCAUCUGCAUCUGAUAUGGUAGAAGAUGCAUCUGUGACAGCUGAGGCCAGAGAAGUAGAUGAUGUUGUCCCUGAGAGCAAAAUUAUGAAGGCCCCACAACCUGGAGCCAAAGCAUCGAAAGAAGCUGUAGAAAUGUGGAAAGAAAACGGUUUCUCUAGCCUAAUCAUGGCAGCACAAGACCAAGACCCAUGGAUCUUAGCUAAAGAAGUGUUGCCACUGCUCUCCUACUCUGCUCCCUUUGCAAUAUAUCAUCAGUAUUUACAGCCUCUGGCGACGUGUAUGCACAACCUUCAGCAAGGGAAAAUGGCCAUCAAUCUGCAAAUAACAGAACCCUGGCUACGCGAAUAUCAGGUGCUUCCAUCGAGAAGUCACCCUCACAUGCAGAUGAGCUCUUUUGGAGGCUAUGUUCUUAGCGGCAUCAGAAUCUCUACCACUUCUUGAUUCUUUUAUCUCCAAAACCUCUUUAUCAUUUUCAAGAACUGAGGUUUGUUGUUUGAUCCUUUUUUUUUCUUCAAAAGGGUCUUUGUAUUUUUGUUUGUUGUUGAGAUAUAUAGAAAAACAUUCAUGUUGCGACUCUUUACAAAAUUAAUAAAACACUAUUUUGCUU